AUGGCAAACAUUAAUUAGCCGAUAAACAACUAAGACUCUCAAAUCAAUUAACAAGUUGGUAGUAGUAUUAACAAUUAAGCAAAUAAUAUAUUGGCCAGACCAUCUUUGCAUUAGAUGAAACAGAGUGUUAAGGAUGCCUUAUGCGGAUCAAGAGUGUUUUAUGUUUCAAUGACUGUUUUGUCACUUUGUAUGCAGCUUAUUUACGGAAAUGAUUUGAGAGAUGAAGUUCUUGAAGGGGAAUUGGACCCUUUUAUUUAUCUUUUUUUGGUUUUAUUAAGUGCCUAUUAUUUUUGGACUUGCGGAAAGAAUCCAGGAUAUGCUCCUUUCGAAGCUGAUGACAUAGAAUUGUAGAAUACUUAGCUACGCGAGUAAAGCAGUAGUGAUAAUUAGAAUUAUUAGGAAAUUUAAAAUAGUUAAGACAGGCAUGACAAUUACGAUUUGUAAAGCAACAAAAGUUAGCGCUCAUCAAAUAAUUAGAAUUUAAUCCCUCAGAAUUCUCUCGCAUUAGCAGCUAGUAUAGAAUAAUAAAACAGCGAUGGAAGAAAAUCGAGCUCAAAAUAAUUUUAGCAAGAUGAUUAUGAUGAAAUUGAUGAAAAAUAAAAUAAAUAAGAUCAAAAUUUUAAUAGAGUGUGUACAAAAAUAGGAAAGAGACAUAGUGAUAUUGUGUAUAGCAGCAAUUAGUAUUCUUAGAAAAAUCACAUCAAUAAUAGUGAUAACUAAAAUUAUCAUCCUAUUGUUAAUUAAGAAGAUGAUUCAAUUUAGCACAAUACUAAAAAUUCUAGCGGUCCCAGAAAUCAUUCUGCUAGUGAAUUAUCUUAGGAAUAUCGUAACGAGUUGUAAUAGGAAACUAAUUCAUUUAACACAAGUGGAAGUAACUCUUAGAGAAUGUCAAGCAAUACAAAUGAAGAGAGUGAAAAUAACGAAUAGCUAGAUGCAGCUGCUUAACUCUUCUAUUGCCAUAUAUGCAAAAGACAUUAACCAUUCAGAUCAAAACACUGUGAUGACUGUGGGAGAUGUAUUUGCAAAUUUGAUCAUCACUGUUUUUGGAUAGGAGGGUGUGUAGGUGAGCUUAAUCAUAGAAAGUUUUGGUUCUUUUUGCUCUUGCAAAGCAUUGUUAUUUUUUGGACUUUUAUGAAUUCAUUAAAUGCUUUGGAUAGAUAUAUUUCAGUAAAUAAUCAAGGUGAAGAAUCUUAUAGCCAAGAAUAUGGUGCAUUUGCAGUUUUAAGCUUUGUCCUUUUUAUACUAUUCCUUUUCACAGGUGUGUUAUGUGCUUAUCAUACAUUUCUUAUUUUAACUAACUAAACUACUUGGGAGCAUGUCAAAAAAAAUAAGAUAUCAUAUAUUGCUAAGAUGCCAAAAGGCUUUUACCCCUUUAAUUAAGGAGUUUUUUAAAAUAUUAAAUUGAUAUUUUUUCAUGAUAAUUAGUUAAGGUAAAAAUUAUUAAAUAAUAAUUAAAAUUAAAUAAUAAAUAUAAUAUUUAAACAAAUAUAGAGAUUGGCAAGUGCCCACUCUCAGAGAAGCUUAGUAAAGAUACUAGAACACUUUUAACAUAUUUGA